AUGCCUGUAAAAUACAGUGAUAUUGAGUGGAACGGCCAGCCAGUAGUUUGGUAUAUAGUGUAUCGUAAUAUAGAAUUAACAUCAGGAAAAAAUGUGGAAAAACCGUCAAUCCAUGAAGCUGAUGAUGAGGUACAGGAAAUGUGCGAUGAAGUAAGUACAUUAAAUUGGAUUUGAAGUUCUAGAAUUGAUGCUUUUAUUAUACGCACGAGUCCGUGGAUUGAGCACAGUGGGAAACAUUGUAACAAGAACAUCGAGAAAAUCGAUGUUUCUUUUCUUCUUCAUUUUUGUCGUAGGAACAAUGUUUCCUGGUUUGUCUACCUUCGGGAAACAUGGCUACAGAGGACAAUGUUUCCUGGUUUGUCCAUCCUCAGGAAAUACAUAUCUAG